AUGGAGAUCAAUUUAACACCUCUUGCAACUCUGAGUCAGAUCAAGGAAACCCCCUCAAGACGAGAUGGGAUCCCAGCCGACCUCGAAGACGAUCUCAGAGCGUAUGGAGCAAAAAUGAUACAGCAAGCGGGCAUCUUGCUCAAGCAGAAGCAAGUUGCAAUGGCUACUGCCCAAGUCCUCUUCCAACGGUUUUGGUACACGAGCUCGAUGGAAAAGUAUGGAAUUGCUGAAAUUGGCAUGGGAGCACUCUACCUUGCAUCCAAACUCGAGGAAUGCCCUCUGCGGAUGAGAGACGUUAUCAACGUCUAUGAUCUUCUGAUACAGCAAGCGAAACAUCUCAAGUCACACGACAUUUCAACAUUUCACUACGAGCCAAUGUCAUACUUCUCUCAAACGUUUUAUGACAUGAAAGACGCGCUCAUCGUCGCGGAAAUGCAACUUCUCAAAAGAUUGGGUUUUUACGUAGACGUCUCAUUACCAUAUGGUACGCUCGUCAACUACCUGCGCGUGUUGAACCUCCUCGACGAUGGAAAGGCUUGCCAAAUGGCAUGGGGCUACCUGAACGAUGCACUUCAAACCCCUGUGUACGCCAUAUACCCUAUUCCAGUCAUCGUCUGCGCUUCCAUUUUCCUCGUCAUUAGGCAUCUUCAACUACCACUCCCCUCUGAGCGUGAAAGCGAACUCCGUUGGUGGGAGCUAUUCGAUGCUUCCUACGAUGACGUGUGGCUCGUCUGUGGCCUCAUCAUGCGCCUCUACCGACCACGCUCACAAGCGGACCAAUUGCGACCCUCCCAGCUGCUCACGAAAAAGGACGUCCGGAGGUGGCUCGAUGACCAUAAAUAG